AUGAACUCUUCUCUCCUGCUAGUGUCCUUUACACUUGGCAUCUUACUGUUACAUCGCCUGUUCCGCCUCUCCAUUUGGCGUCGACGUCUACCUCUUCCUCCCGGCCCCAAGGGACUCCCGCUCAUCGGGAACCUUUGGGAUGUGCCCGCAGAAUACCCGUGGCUUACCUAUGCCCAAUGGGCUACUACCUACGGCGACGUCUUUUAUUUGGAUACUCCCGGAAAUCCGACCGUUGUAAUCAACUCUGCUGAAGCGGCUGCGGAUCUGUUCGAAAAACGUUCUGGAAAUUAUUCCGAUAGACCAGAUUUCACUAUGACCAAGUUAUCCGGGUGGGGGAAUAUCAUAACUUUCAUGAGAUAUUCGAACUGGUGGAGAAAGCAUCGCCGAAUGUUUCACGAAUACUUCCAGCUUCGUGCCGUUCCUGCGUAUUAUCCUGUGCAGAUGAAAGCGACAUCGGUCUUGUUACAACAGCUCCUUCGAUCUCCCGAUGCAUUUUCUCAUCACGUCCGCCACCAUGCCGGUUCAAUCAUCAUGAAAACUGUCUAUGGAUAUGAUGUCGAUCCAAAUGGCGAUCGAUUUGUGGGCAUUGUAGAUCGAGCUAUGGAAAGUAUUCGUAUCAUUGGGAACAUAGGAACCUUUCUCGUUGACUACAUCCCAGGUUUGAAAUACCUUCCGCGGUGGUUCCCCGGUACGAAUUUUCUGACCUUGGCGGACGCCUGGAGAAAAGAUGUCGCGGCCAUGGAAGAAGAACCGUUUGAAUACGCCUCAAAUCCAGUGGCCAGUGGCGCGGCGCCCUCUUCAUUUGUCUCUGUAAAUCUAGCAAAGAUGAACAGUGUCGAUGUGUCUGAGAAGGCGACACAUCUUGAAGUCAUCCGGAAUACAGCUUCGGUAGCCUUCGCCGCGGGCGCUGACACUACCGUGUCAGCCGUCCUUUCUGUGAUGCUCGCUUUCCUUCUUUACCCUGAAGUACAAGCUAAAGCUCAAGCCGAGAUGGAUGCUGUGGUCGGUCACACCCGGCUGCCAAAUUUCGAUGACCGCGAACAGCUACCAUAUCUUAACGCUGUUGUAUUAGAAGCAUUGAGAUGGAAUCCUGUUGUACCGUUGGGUGCCGCCCAUCGUAGUGUGAAAGAAGAUAUUUAUAGAGGUUAUUACAUCCCUGCAGGUACGACCGUGGUCGGUAACGUUUGGGCCAUACUGCACGACGAAAAAGACUAUCCAAACCCGCUAGUCUUCGAUCCCGACCGGUUCAUACCUGGAGAUGGGAGAGAACCCCAGCCGGAGCCCACAGCCGCGUUUGGUUUCGGUAGACGUAUUUGUCCUGGCCGUCAUCUCGCAUUGAACACCGCGUGGAUUGCCGUCGCGUCUAUAGUGGCAACAUUAUCGUUUUCCAAGGCCGUGGAUUCUGAAGGACGUGUCGUCGAACCGAGCGAUAGUUAUACAGAUGGAUUUCUAAGCUUUCCCAUGCCUUUCAAAUGCACAAUCAAGGCGCGUUCCGCUCAGGCGAAAGCAUUAAUAGAUUCCGACGAAUUGUAA